AUGGAUGUAAUUGGUACUACUGAUUCAUAUUUUAUUGCGAAAUUAGACGAUGAAAUUUCAUAUAGAUCAUUGAUUGUAACGAAUACAUUAUCACCUCAAUGGAAGGAUGAAGAAUGGAUUAUUCGAAAUGUUCCACUAAAUGCAAAACUUACUAUAGAAAUUUAUGAUAAAGAUGAUGAUUCACUUAAUGAUGAUUAUAUUGGUCAAAUUGAAAUUAUCGAUUUGUCUAAUUAUCAAGCUCCAACAGAAGGUCAUCGAAUUCUAGAUUCAUUUGGUAGAUAUAAAGGUCGUUUUCAUUUAACUAUUCAAUCAAUAGAAUUAUCUGAAUUAAGUAAAAAGCUUCCUCGUUAUACAUUCGAUGGUCCAUGUCGUUAUACUCGACAUAAUUCUUCAGUUGUUGGUUAUUUAACUAUGCUUAAUAAUGAAUGUAUUUAUUCAACAUGGAAAAUUAAUUUAAGACGAAUAUCUGUAUUUUUUCGUUCAUAUGAACGUCAACAAUGGAAUCGACAAUAUCGAAUUGCUCAAACAAUUUUUGGUGGUACUCCAACAUCAAUAAUUAAACAAAAUGCAUUUAAAUUAGCACAUAAAUUACUUUAUAGACAAACAAUAAAAAAUAAUGAAACUGGACGAUUAAAAAAUGCUGAUGAUUUAUGGAAAUUAAUUCUUUAUGAUAAUAAAACACAAAAAAUAAGAACAUGUAUUUAUACUUAUAUUAUUGAUGAUAAUUCAUGGAGAUUUAGUGAAACAGGUAUUGGAUAUUUUACUGAUUAUGCAAGUAAACAUGCUUUACAUGCUAAUUGUUCACAAUCUGUUCGUUAUGCUGGUCAAUUUCAUCCACGUCCUAAAUUUGGAUGGAAUCAAUGUGAUGAUGAAUGGGAAUUAGUAUUUGAUAAUUGGUCAGGAACAUAUGCUCCUAAUGCAAAUUUAUUGAAUAAUUUAAAAGAAUUAUUAGAAUUUAAUUUUCCUGGAUUGAAUAUAGUUGUAUAUGAUUUUAAAAAUCCUUUAUUACAAGAAAGUAUGAAGAAUUUAAAAUUCGCAGAAGAAAAUAAUAAAAUGAAUUCUCCAUGUCUCAAUAAUUUGGUAGUAUUUCGACCAAAUUUCAGUGAAACAAAUAAUUGA